UUAGAUGGACGGCUGCAAGUAUCUCACCGGAAGGGUCUUCCCCAUGUGAUCUACUGCCGGCUGUGGCGGUGGCCAGACCUUCAUAGCCACCAUGAGUUGCGUGCCAUGGAGAUGUGCGAGUAUGCCUUUAACAUGAAGAAGGAUGAAGUCUGUGUGAAUCCUUACCAUUACCAAAGAGUGGAAACCCCAGUGUUACCUCCAGUGCUGGUGCCUCGGCACACAGAGAUCCCAGCUGAGUUCCCGCCAUUAGAUGAUUAUAGUCAUUCUAUUCCAGAGAACACUAACUUCCCAGCAGGUAUCGAGCCACAGAGCAACUACAUUCCAGGUACUGUAUAUCUUCCAUACGGCGAGUGGAGGGAAAAGGGUCAUAUUACACCUCCUCCAGGCUAUUUGAGUGAGGAUGGAGAAACUAGUGACCACCAGAUGAACCCCAGCAUGGAUGCAGGUUCUCCAAACUUAUCACCAAACCCUAUGUCUCCAGCACACAAUAAUCUGGACCUGCAGCCUGUUACCUACUGCGAGCCAGCUUUCUGGUGCUCGAUAUCCUACUAUGAACUCAACCAGCGAGUGGGAGAGACUUUCCAUGCCUCUCAGCCUUCUAUGACCGUGGAUGGUUUCACUGACCCAUCUAAUUCUGAACGCUUCUGCCUUGGUUUACUGUCUAACGUGAAUAGAAAUGCGGCAGUGGAACUCACAAGACGACACAUUGGAAGAGGAGUAAGACUCUACUACAUUGGCGGUGAGGUGUUUGCCGAGUGCCUUAGUGACAGUGCCAUUUUUGUCCAGUCUCCCAACUGCAACCAACGUUACGGCUGGCACCCAGCAACAGUUUGCAAGAUUCCACCAGGAUGUAACUUGAAGAUUUUUAACAACCAGGAAUUUGCCGCUCUCUUGGCUCAGUCUGUAAAUCAGGGCUUCGAAGCUGUGUAUCAGCUGACCAGAAUGUGCACAAUUCGAAUGAGCUUUGUCAAGGGAUGGGGAGCAGAAUACAGGCGGCAGACUGUGACCAGUACUCCCUGCUGGAUUGAACUGCAUCUUAAUGGUCCUUUGCAGUGGCUGGACAAGGUCCUUACACAAAUGGGCUCCCCAAGUAUUCGUUGUUCCAGUGUCUCCUAAGGAAACAUCUCCUGGGGUGGGUGGGGGGCACAAAGACUCUGGAAAAUGGAAUUGGCUUAACUCUUAGCAAAAUGCAUACUGCAUAGCAAACAAAUUCCCAGUUAUUGAAGUGAUGAGAAAAAAAAUCUGCUUAAAAAAAAAAAGUGGGUUUUCUUUGUUUUGUUUUGUUUUUUAAACUAAAUACCCAUUUAAGCCACUUCCACUGAAACU